AUGACCCAAUGGGAAGUCGAUGUGGCUUCAUAUUUCGGCGAAGGAGGCAAGAAGCUGGCGAAAAGCCUCUUGAGACUUUUUGAGGACGCGAGCCAAGACGUGGAGGAGGUCAAUGCCUCGUGUACAGUUCCAAAAGUGAAUAUCAUUGACAAGAUAGCAUCAUUAAAGUUACAGUACUUACAUUUGCAGGAUCAAAAUGUGGGGAAACAAGAGAAGAUGAUGGCGCACUCACACCACCCAGCACACCGUGAGUCAUCUACACACCCCACCACCCACAGCAACCUCCAUCAAAUAGUCACCAACAACACCCUCUCACAAGACCACUACCGCCACCCACCCAUACAACUACCCCUAGAACAUAGCCGUGCCGACCUGCCGCCACUCGAGAUACACAACCCCAACUCUACAAUAAUACCAAAACAAGACCUCCUCACGACAAAUAAAACCAUAACCAACAUAAAAACGCAAUCACCAGCCCCAUCAUGCUCCACUACCCCGCAGUCCAGUACUAUGCAAGUACCACACACUCUCACACACGCACUCGCAUCUAAAGCACACAGCCAUUACGACACCAAUGACCUGCCUACCGCGAUCCCUAAUGGACACCUACACACAUAUCACAACACACGCCCUCUGCGACACGGAGAAUAUCAACCUUGCGCGCGAAUGGCAGGGCCCGAGUGCAGCACCGCCACCGCGCAUGAGACACAGACAUCUUACCGAGACACAACACCCAGACCGCAGAAGCACGCAAGGACGGACUGCGGGGGCUCCCACGAAGAGACGACGCCACCAGCACACGGUAACCAAGCUUGUACAACCCCCCGCAUCCCACGCAACGUACGUGGGCACCCAAGCAACAGGGGGCCGGGCCACGACUGGGAUCCCCCCGAGGCACACACACAGUCACAACCACACUUACUAAAACACAGCCCACUGGUGCCGCCCCCACCCACGCUCACGAGUAAAAUCAGCACGCACAUACCACAGAUCCCACGGACGACCGGACCCCUGGGCACACAACCAGACUACACUUAA